GGCUACCACAAGCCAACGUGGACAAUCAUGUCGAUAGUUUAAGCCUGUCAAACGUUUGUAGGUUAUGUUUGUGAAAUCGAUGCUGUUAUUGUGAAAAAUUAAGUGUAAAUUGAUCACAGAUGAACUAUGAAUGACAACGAUUCGAUAUAUGGGACGACCCUGUCCCAGGAGUCCAUGAAAGUGAUCGCAGAAAGCAUUGGGGUCGGAAAUCUUCCUGACGAGGCUGCCAAGGAUCUCGCCGAGGAUGUAAGCUACAGGCUAAAGGAGAUCAUUCAGGAUGCAGCAAAAUUCAUGCACCACAGUAAGCGUCAGAGGAUGACUGCACACGACAUCGACCAUGCAUUAAAGAUAAAGAACAUCGAGCCGACAUAUGGCUUCUUUGCGCGAGAAAACGUCCCCUUCAGAUUCGCAUCGGGAGGAGGUAGAGAAUUGCACUUUGUCGAGGACAAGGAGAUAGACUUGAACGAAGCAGUGUCCAACAGCCAGUCGUGGCCUAAGCUACCGCUCGAAGUAACGUUGCGAGCCCAUUGGCUUUGCAUUGAUGGCGUCCAGCCGACAAUCCCAGAAAAUCCACCUCCUGUAUCCAAGGACGCGCAAAAGGUUGAGAGUGUUGAUCCGACAAGCAAGCUCACUGCCAAGGGUCAGAGUGUCGGCAUUGGUAAGCCGGGAGGAGGAGGAAAGAGUCAAAAGUUGAGAAACGUUGAGACGGUGCAUGUAAAGCAGCUCGCUACCCACGAGCUUAGUGUUGAGCAGCAGCUCUACUACAAGGAGAUAACCGAGGCCUGCGUUGGAUCGGACGAGGCUCGUAGAGCUGAGGCCCUGCAAUCUUUGUCUGCGGAUCCUGGUUUGCAUGAAAUGCUUGCCAGAAUGUGCACCUUCAUCGCCGAAGGCGUCAGGGUCAAUGUGGUGCAAAACAAUCUCGCACUUCUCAUUUACCUCAUGAGAAUGGUCAAAGCCCUUCUCGACAAUCCCAGCCUUUAUCUAGAGAAAUACCUGCACGAGCUGAUACCGUCAGUAGCGACGUGCAUAGUCUCUCGGCAGCUGUGCAUGAGACCUGAAAUGGACAAUCAUUGGGCGCUGAGAGAUUUUGCAUCACGCCUGAUGGCCCAGAUCUGCAAGAACUUCAACACGUCGACGAACAAUGUGCAGACCAGAGUUACUCGCAUGUUUAGUCAGGCGCUGGCUAAGAAUAGUCAGGUAAAUCAAUUCGGGACGCCCUUGGCCUCGCUCUACGGGGCGAUCGAAGGACUCUCUGAGCUCGGCCCAGAGGUGGUCAAGGCGCUGAUCAUUCCAAAGAUAAAAUCCAUAUCUGAGAGGAUCGAGAGCUGCAUUGAGGGGCCCGUACUUUCCAGUAUUGAUAAAAACGGUGCUGGUCAUAUCAAGACGCUGUUAGUUAAAGUUGUCGCUCCUGUGUUGAAAGGCAUGCGUCCGGCUCCGGAUUACGUUGAAGAGUACAAACAAGACUUUGGAUACGUCGGUCCAGUGCUUUGUGCCGCUGUUGCUAAAGCUCGAAUCCAACCUGCGACUCUUACCACCUCCGCAACGGCCUCCACCACUCUCACCACAAACCAGCAACAGGGACCAACCACUGUGGUGACAAAACCGCUCGUUCAAUCAGUGCCCGCGGGUAGCCCAGGUCAGCAGGCUCCUAGCAGAACGAUGAUACUGGGUUCCGGCAGGGGUGGAACAACGCCGACGGGCGGCUGUCAGAAGUUCGUCAUACUUCAGUCGAGAUCGCAGACACCGACGAUGCCGAACGUCGUACAAACACCAGGCCAACAGCAGCAACAGCAGCAGGUCAAGAUAACGCAAAAUAGUUCUAGUCAUCAACAAAAGCAACAUCUCCAGGGUAGCACCCCAAAACUGGUGGUGGUUUGCAUGCCUAGUAGUAACCAGAACGCCACGACCACUGUGUCUCAGGCCAGUCUUACUUCUAAACCACAGACAGUCUUUGUUACUCAACAAAGCAUCGAAAGAUCUCUAAGCCCCACCGACGAGCACGCUUUUCAAUAGAUUAAAUAAUAUAUUUAUUAAUAAAAUUUAUACGUAUAUGUCAAUAUUUUUUCUAAUACCUAAUUGUAACGAACAAAGCACAACGUUUUGUCUAGUUGUAACUCAAGUUAGUUUAAAACAAAAAAAAAAUUCAAUACCAA